AUGUCACAACCUAACGCUCAAGCUUCAUCAUCAAAGCAUAAAUCUAAAAAAGAUAAAUCACACAAAAAAGAUAAACAUACAUCUCAUAAACAUAAAGAUAAAUCAUCGUCAAGUUCUGGAUCAUCGUCAUCGAAAAAUGAUAAAUCACCUUUUGAACAUCGAUUGUCUCAUAUGAGAUUAAGUAUUUCACCUAAAUUUUCACUUAAUAUGAUGGAAGGUGUAAGGGAGAAACUGGACGGUAUGAUCAUGAGAUACGUAUCUCAAAUGGGUGGUGUAUUGCUCGCACAUUGGGAUCAUGAAUUCGCCGAUGACUCUUCAAAGUUAAUCAAUGAAUGUCCAGCUGGUGUGAUAGAAGUGGAAUUUCAUUCUAUUUUAUGGGCACCUAAAAUCGGUCAAAAGCUCUACGGUACCCACUCUUUAUCUUCACCAUCACACCUCUCCCUCCUCUUCAGCAAAACCUUCAACGUCUCCAUCCCACUCCAACACAUUCCAACAGACAUGUACGAAUUCGAACACACAGAUGAGACUGCUGAUUCAGAUAGUGAAGAUGAAGAAGAGGAAGGAUUCACUUUGGAAAAUGGCGUCGUCGAAGAAGUAGGUAGAUGGAAAGAGAAAUCUACUGGUAAAUCAUUAGGUGAAGGUGGAAAGGGAAUCCAAUUCACUGUCAUUGGAAUGCAAGUCACCAAUCAAAUGUUAUCACUUACAGGAUCACUCUUAUCUGAUCCUUCCAACCCACCUGCUGUUCCUGAGACAGCGCUUCUUCCAUCUCGUGUAUCACCUUCACCUUCCUUAUCACCUGAACCUGAAUCUGAAUCUGCUCGACCAGUCAAACAACCUCGUCUGGCGAAUAAACGUGCCGUAGCUGCUCCAGCUUACGAAGAGGAGGAAGAGCCUGAUACCACAGGGUGGACCACUAGACAAUUGAAACAAUAUCAAAAGGAUCUAGCUAAGAAAAAGAGGGAUGCUAGAAAGGCAAGGAAAGAAGAAAGAGUGUUGGAAGAUGUACAAGACGAAGGUGCGGGAGAUCUGGUCAAUGUUCAAGGUAGUGAGGAACUCAUAGGAAUUAAGAGAAAGGCUGGAGACGGUGAGAGGGAAACAAGAAAGAAGAAGAAGGGUGGUGAAUAG